GACAACUACCAAAUGAACUCAUGUUUGUUAAACUUCUUUUUUCUUUUUUCCCCGAAUCAAAAAUUUAAAAAGGGACAGGCAUUCGAAUUUUGGGAUUGUAUGAGCCACGAGCAAAAUGAAUAAAAUCAAGCACCUCGAUGGGUUCCUCGGCCCUGGUGUUUCCACCGUUCACUACCCUCUCUCCCUUCCCCCCACCCUCCCUUUCUCGUCCCUUUGGGGUUUGUUUCCCCAUGUCCCUGGGUUUCUCGUUGCCUUUCCUAUAGUAGCAUCGGGAUCUAGUAGCUUUCUUUACUUGCUCCGUGCAUCAACAUUCCGAAUGAUUGAUUAUCUGGGUGGUGGAUCUUAGCGGAGAAUACCGCGGCGAAUGUUCGAUUACUAUUCCAUCGAUUUCAAACGUUCAUCCUCCUCCCCCACUUAGUUCCAG